UGUACGCUGUGCUUGUCCGGUGUUAUUGAAAGACGAAAAAGUACGAGAGGACUCAUUGUCAGUGGCAUGAAUAACGUUCUGUGCGUAAUCGUAUUAAUAUCGAAACGUGAAAGUAAACGAGAGUCACCUGUUAUAUUUUUCAUAAUCAUUACAAGUAAUCUGCUAUCGAUCGUUUAUUGCUUUAUUACGCGGUGACCUAAGGUCGAGUUAGGUUGGAUUAUCGUUGGCCCGCGCGACGAAAUAAUUCCCGCCAAUAUGCGCCCGUAUCCUAGCAACGGUUGUUUAGCGUGAAGUGAAUUGAGAUUAUUAACGGUUCAUUUCGCGCGCUUUCUACGUCGCGAGGAGGAAUCGAGGCGGACGAGAAGCACGAAGGUCAUCGUACGACGUAGUUUACGCGUGUAAAUCCCGCUCGCGACCUGAUCAAAUGCGCGAUUUCGGAAGCUAGUACCGUGAAAAGUGUCGAGUGAUAGCCGUGCUAUAUCGAUUAAUGCGCACGCGAUCGUAAUCAAGCGCAUCUCCGAGAAUGUUGUGCGAGUGGCCAAGAGAGGGAGAGAGAAAGAGCGGACAUAUAUGUUCCGACAUACAUAGUCAUUAGUGAAAGUCUGUACUUUAUACGUAUAUUGUACGUAUAUUAUAGAUUUUCUGACUGACAGACAGUGUAUAUCGAAAGAUCAAGAUGAACACGAGAGGAGGAGCAGGCCCGGGGUGGCGUCAAGCAACAGCGGAGCAACUGUAAGAUCAACAAUGUAUAUUACAAUCCGCUGUUGCGCCUCGUAUCGCAAAUGGCAUCGCACAAUCUUCGAAUGUCGAGUGAAUAAUUGCUUAAAAUAUAAUAAGAUUCGAAAUAUAAGGUGCGCGUCUCGCGUGUAAUUAAUACGCCGGGAGUGCCGUAAAGUAUCGCGCGAUUGAUCGAUCAGUGCGCGAGUAAUUAAUAGUAUUUUCGCAAGUGCCGUAUUUUUGCGAGAGCUAUGAAAAAAAAAACAAUGGAUGAAUGCGAGAGGAGGAGGAGGCCCAGGGAGGCAUCGUGCAUCGGCGGAGCAAAUAUGAGAUUCACGAUGUAUAUUAUAAUCCGCUGCUGCGCAACCGUACCGGAAGGAUUGAAGAACAGGCGCGGGACAACAAUGCCGAGCAAUAAACAACCAUGUAACUCGUUGAUAUAUACCUUUGCUUGUCCAUUAUCACGAAUCCGACUCGGAUCGAAUUCGAGUGCCUCGGUCGACGAGAUCGGCAAGGGUAUCUCGCAGCAGCUGUGGGAAGGGAGGAGCCAUCUUGCGGCCUGUUUCAGGGCAGCCGCCAAUUGAUUCACCCCCACUAGACGCCGCAACCAGGCGUCGAUUCAAUUCCAGGACGAAAAAAGCGUCCGGUGGGCAUGGCCGUCCCGUAUUUCCAUUGGUCCAACAUCCCGCAUCAUCCACGAGUUCGCCGUACGCUCGUCCAAUCGCCGGCUUCUGGGCGGAUCCUGAAACCAGUUUUGGUCUCGCUAACAGAGGGGAGUCGUUGACUCGAGUCUCUGGGCAGAUAGUAUUGUGCCGUUGGCUCAUGCCGUAGUGGUUCUAAUACCACAGCAGGUCCUUGCUACCAAGGAAAUCCCGGAGAUCCGCCUGUCGCACGCACUGAAUCCGCGAAGGUCGCGAGGACCCGGAAGUCUCCGGUAACGUGUCACGGUCAAAAAACUGUCGCGAAUGUGCGUGUUACAGUGCUUCGAUCGCGGUCGCGAACAUUAAUUUUAGACUAUAUCGAGAGGAAUCAUCUCUGCGGAUCGUGGAGCUUUCAGUGACGUCAGGUGGAAGAUCGCGAAGGACUUUUGAAAAGAUUUUCUUAUUGUCGAAAGUCAUCAAGCUUUAAUCGACUAGCUUGAUAAGUGAAGGAUUGAUUAUAUUGAUGAUUAUGUGAUGAAAUUGACAUUUGUUGUUGUUGAUUAUGGACAUAUGAUUGAAAAGUUGUAUUCUGAUUUGUGAUAUCGCUCCAACUUGCUCAAAAAAAAACAUUAUAAAGUUGGCCGACGGCUGGCUGGAAUCGCCUACCUGACAGGCAACUCUCAACGCAGUAAAUACGAAAUAUGUGAAGCAUUAUUAUUGACAUUUUGGAUCAUGGAUUGAUCUGCAGAUUCCACGACGAAAACAUCCAAAAACUAAGAAUGAUGAAGAUUAUACCUAUUUUCUAAACCCUCUUCAAAGAUCGACGAUUGAGAUGAAUUUGUGUCAUAAUCGAGAAGGUCUAGAAUGGCAGAUGUAAAAAUCUGUUCGAAACAGCGAGAUUUAAAUUUUUAUAAACAUCUCAAUAAUCAUUAUAAACUAGUGAUUUAUAGACAGUGAUGAUCCAUGGACUGUAUCAAUAGUGAUCGUGCUCCAGAAAGCCUAGAAUGGAAGAUGUAAACACGCGUUGAGAUCAGAAACACUUAACGAUUCUAAGUAUCUUGCAAUCGCUCGCCUCUCUUUCUGAUAAACAUAUGAUUCCGACGCGCUAGUGAUCUCUUCCUCUCCUCUGGUGAUCGGGCCUGAUCGACGAUUGAUGCGAGCGGACUGAUCUCUCUCUCUCGAAGGAGAGACAAUAACCGGCGAGUUGGUACCGAAGAUGGUCCUGGAGCCUGGAGGCGGUCUGUCCUUUCCGUUGCCACCCGGCAGCGGCUCCAGCGCUUCCGGUGGAUCCUUGCUGGCUCCGACCAGACUGUUUCAACGAACGCCGGUGUUCCCGUUCCAUUUGGCAGGAUGGCCGCCUCAUCAUCCGGUUCUGGGACAGGUACAAAGCCAGGUACAGCAGAGCAUGCAGGCCCAACAUCAGGCCGCUGCCGCGAUCAGAUUCCUCAGCCAUCAUCACCCGCAUCAUCCGCAUCCGACGUUGAGCAAUCAUUCGCUGGUACCGGCGAUCACCGGGCAUCAUCCCGCUGUACAUCAUCUGCAUCAUGCUGCUGAUCACGGAGAGGAAGAGGACGAGAAGAAAGGUUGCGACGGGGAGUCGGACGAGGGCGGGAACAAGAGGCGAAGAAGUAGGACUAAUUUCAACAGUUGGCAGUUGGAAGAAUUGGAGCGGGCCUUUCUGUCGAGUCAUUAUCCCGACGUCUUUAUGCGAGAAGCUCUGGCUGUGAGACUCGAAUUAAAGGAGAGCCGCGUGGCAGUCUGGUUCCAAAAUCGAAGGGCAAAAUGGCGAAAGAAGGAACACACGAAGAAAGGCCCUGGAAGGCCGGCACAUAAUGCUCAUCCUCAGAGCUGUAGCGGCGAGCCUAUUCCACCCGAAGAAUUAAGACGAAAGGAGCGCGAGAGGCGACAGAAAAAGUUGCUGAAGGCUCUCGAGAGACAACAGCGGAAGCUCGCUGCUAAAGGCAUAACAGUAGACCUGUCGACACUGCGCGCCGAGUGGGAAUCUCGUAGCGAGGCGGCGUCAGGUCGCGGCACCGCGAGCGGUCCCCUGAGCAGUUCGUUCGGUCAGCUGGGCCUGAAUAGCGAGAGCAGCAUCUCCGCGUCCGGUAACGAUGCCAACGAGGAGAUUGACGUCGUCGGCGGAUUGGAUUCCUGCAGCGAGAGCGGAAGCGAGCGGGUGGACUCCGCGGCCGACGGUUCCGUGGACGGCGAGUGUUAUCCGACGCUCAACAAUAGUGCUAACGAGACCGGCGAGCCGCGGAAGAAUCCGCAGAAUCCGUCACCGAUGGAGCAUCUGAACCACCAAGCCGGUAUUCGCCAUUGGGGCUUGAGCCUGCUGGAGCGACGACGCGAGCUGGUGGGAGUCGUCGGAACGGGCCGUCAACAGUCGGUCGGCACCGGCGUCAGGAAUAAUCUGAUCAGGCAGGCCGCCAGCGAGGAGGAGGUCCAGAGCGGCAGCAUUGAUCUCUCAGUGAAGGGCAGGGAGGAGAGAAAGAGGCUGAAUCCGUUCUCCAUCGACAGCCUGUUGGGGAACAACAACCGGACCUCGAGCGCGGCAUCGGAGCGCAGGCCGUUGACGCCGACGUCACCCGUCUCGUCGGCCUGCACGUCACCCUCCACGACGUAGUGAACAGGCGCGAAUGGAACGCCGAGAGGUGAGCCGGAUUAAAGUUGACGCGCGAGAGAUUCGAGGGUGGCGAAGUGUAAUUAGCCGGGAUUCCUCCUCUGUGCGGGGGUUAUCGGUGACGGUGAAGUGCAUUCAUCGAAUGAAUCGCGUGGACCGAAGUGGCGAAAACCUGCGGGACUCACUUAUUCUCUCGUCGAGAUAAUUCGCGCGAGAGGACCAAUCGUGAUAAGGGUUGAACUGGGCAAGUAAUAUUCCCAUUCACAUUUUUAUCAGGAUGUUUUCGUUUUGAUCGAAAGUGAUAGAUUUUCAUCGUGCAUAUUCUCGCGUAUAAACAUUUCUCACAUUCUUCCGCCGCGAACGCGUCUGGAUUCUCGGUAUCCCGAAUUUCUUUCGAGUUUGGAGGAAAUUAAGGGAAAUGAAAAAAAAAAAAAAAAUAAUCUACGGAUAGAACGCGAAUUUUAGAGAGAUCCGAAAAUUAAAAAUCGCGAUUUCUUCAACUCGAGAGGAAUUCGAAGAUCUGAAGAUUGCAUCUCAUCGGCGUAGAUCGGCAAGACUUAUAUCACUUUGACAUAUCGAAUGCAUGGGUGACCGUCUUAGAUCGAGUGCGUUUGAUUUCGUUCAUUGUGUUUCCUUUAAAGAAAAAAAAAAAGAAUGAAAAAAUGUGCAAUAAACGCGGACGAGCUCGCCGCUAGGCGGGUUGUCUUUGAGGUAUAUAAGAGAGAGAAAGGGAGAGAGAGAGAGAGAGAGCGAGAAAUAGAGUGCGAGCAAGAAUGUAAGUGCGUACGCGUGUAUUUAAUGUAAAUAGCGAGAGGGAGGUGUUUGUUUUAUUUAAUUUGAGUAGUCGAUACCCCAGUGUUCGUCGAUCGCGGAUAUUAUUUAAAGCAAUAGGGCAGGGGUUCUCAACUCUUUACACUUGUGAUUAUUGGUGUGAUUUUUAUUUCUCUAUAGCGGAAAUAGAGACUAGGCAAAAUGAAUAAAUCUUUCCAGCAAUUUAUUUUAAUAAUGAUAAAGCAUAUGCAUCUGCAUAAACAUAAAGCAAUUUGACAUACGCAGGAGUAAAAGUUUGAGGAUCUCUGCGAUAGAAAUUUGCCUGGCGUUGUAUAUAGAUUAAAAAAAGAUCCUAGAGGCGGGCGUGAUUACAACGCGGUACAAAGAUUUUUCUCCCGCGACCCCCGUAAGACAAGAUCGUCCCACACGAGCUCAGUUUAUAAUUAGGGAUGAUAAGAGUUGCCAUACGAUGAUCCGGGAUAUGCGAAAAACCCAGUACCUAUCAUAUAUCCAUUAAAAAUAUAUUAAUUUAUUCUCCAGACCACGCGCCGGCGUUCUCAGUCAUUGCGUCCCUUCGUCAUGUCGUCCCAUCCUUCUUUUCCCCUCUACUGUACGUCUGGAAGAAAGCGACACGACAGGAUUGACCCACCAACCCGCACGGAGGCUGCCAAUAACCGAUGCGGAGUGCAGGAGAGAGAAAGAGAAGAUGGAGGAUGGUUCUCCGCUU